AGGAUGACUUCAGUUAUUGGAUGGCUGCUGUCUGAUGGAUGGAAAAAGGGGGAGUAAACCUUUCAUUCUGCACUGACAGAGCUGAAACACAGAAACCGGAUUUACAGGUGCAUGGUGACAGCAUCGCAGCAAUGAGUGGAAUUUUAAAGAGGAAGUUUGAAGAAGUUGGUGGAACCUCACCCUGCUCAUGUGUGUGGGAAUCAGAUGAUGAUGUUUCCAGCAGUGAAAGUGCUGACAGUGGAAGUAAUGUCCAUCCAUCUGUUUCUAAUCAUUUUUCCCGUACAUGUGACAGCAUUGCAGCAAUGAGUGGAAUUUUAAAGAGGAAGUUUGAAGAAGUUGAUGGCUCCUCACCUUGUUCCUCUGUGAGGGAAUCAGAUGAUGACAUUUCCAGCAGUGAAAGUGCUGACAGUGGUGAUAGUGUCAAUCCAUCCACUUCUAAUCAUUUUACCCCGUCUUCAAUCCUGAAGAGGGAGAAGCGCAAGAGAGCCAAGAAUGUGCACUUCAACUGUGUCACUGUGUACUACUUCACCAGAAGGCAAGGCUUCACCAGCGUUCCCAGCCAGGGAGGGAGCACGCUGGGAAUGUCCACUCGGCACAACAGCGUGCGCCAGUACACCCUGGGCGAGUUCGCCAUGGAGCAGGAGAGGCUCCACCGGGAGAUGCUGAGAGAGCACCUGAGGGAGGAAAAACUCAAUUCUCUAAAGUUAAAGAUGACCAAGAAUGGCACGGUGGAAUCAGAGGAAGCCAAUACACUGACUCUGGAUGACAUUUCUGAUGAUGAUAUUGACCUAGACAACACUGAAGUAGAUGAGUACUUCUUUCUCCAACCCCUGCCUACCAAAAAGCGGCGGGCACUGCUGCGAGCUUCUGGAGUGAAGAAGAUCGACGUGGAGGAAAAGCACGAGCUGCGAGCCAUCCGCCUGUCCAGGGAGGACUGUGGCUGUGACUGCCGCGUCUUCUGCGACCCAGAAACUUGCACCUGCAGUCUUGCAGGCAUAAAAUGUCAGGUGGAUCGUAUGUCUUUUCCAUGUGGUUGCACUAAAGAAGGGUGUAGCAAUACAGCAGGUAGAAUCGAAUUUAACCCUAUCCGUGUUCGGACUCACUUUUUGCACACGAUAAUGAAACUUGAAUUGGAGAAAAAUAGAGAGCAGCAAGUUCCAGCACUCAAUGGCUGUCACACUGAGAUAAAUGCACACAGUAGCUCCAUGAGUCCAGGACCCCAUCCAGUCGAAUAUUCAAUUGCAGAAAAUUUUGAGAUUGAAACCGAACCCCCGGCUACAGUUAUGCAUUCCCAGUCAGCCGAGGACUUGGACUGCCCAGGGGAAGAGGAGGAAGAGGAAGAUGGGAGUAGCUUUUGUAGUGGAGUUACAGAUUCUAGUACACAGAGUUUAGCCCCUAGUGAAUCAGAUGAUGAUGAAGAGGAAGAGGAAGAUGAGGAGGAAGAUGAGGAGGAAGAAAAAGCAGAUGAUUUUGUAGAAAGUAUGAGCUCCCAUGCUGAUAUGGUGCCUCUUCCUUCUGUCCUUUGCUACUCUGAUGGAACUGCUGUGCAUGAAAACCACUCUAAAAAUGCCUCAUACUAUACUAACUCUUCAACUCUGUAUUACCAAAUAGAGAACCACGUUGCUGGCACUGCUAACCAGAUCGGUGAGACUUACUCAGAAAGGGAUGCUGUCAAGAAUGGUAGUCUUUCUCUGGUGCCUUACAACAUGACUUCAGAACAGUUUGUUGACUACACACGGCCAUCAGAGGAAACUUAUAGCAGCCCUCAUUACCCUUCUGCAAACCCCUCAGUGAUUGUUUGCUGCUCCUCUUCGGAAGGGGAUGGCAGCGCUCCCUGUAACAGUCUGUACACUGAGCAUAGGCCGAGUCACCCACCAGUGGAAUUUCACUCAUACUUGAAAGGGCCUUCUCAAGAUGGCUUUGUCUCAGCUUUGAAUGGUGACAGUAAUGUGCAGGAACACCCUGCUGAGAAUUCACUAAACCUCCCAGAGAAGAGCAGACUGCACGAAGAGUGCAUCAAAUCACCAGUGGUAGAGACGGUGCCUGUUUAAAAUUAAAUUAUUCUAGGACUGACUUCCUGUGUUAAAAUUCACUCCCAUUGGAUUUUCCUAGAAACUUACUUUUUUAAGAGGUAGACAAUGCUUGGACUAUAGUCAAUGUUCCAGACACAUUUUGUUUUUUCAAGCUACACUGGCAAUGGUAUUGCACAAAACCAGUUCAUGUAAAGAUUUAAAUAAAAAUAAUCAAGCCCUUUUUUUGAUAAAAAUAAACAGAUAAGUAAAAAACACACCCAACAUAUUUCAAAGUAGCCUACCUAUGAACAUAUGUGAAACCUGCCAAGCUAUCUGAAUCAAAACUUCAUGUUUUUGACUGUCGGGCCUGUGCAAGAUUGUUAAAAAUGAUACUUUGAAAUAAUCAUGUUUAGAGUCCUAAUUUUCAACAUAUCUGAAAAGAUGUUAAGUUUAAUGUAAAAAUAACUACUGUACAAAAAAAAAAAAGUUUUAAUUGUUCUGUACUGUUUGUAUUUUAUUUAUGGUAGUUUAAGGUUCAUGUUUUGAUAAAAAAUGAACAGCAUGUUCAUUUGAGCAGAAGAUCCAUAGUAACUUACGAAGAGCAUGGCCACUUUUCAUCUGGAGUACCUUGUAUUCUUCCUUAUUUUUUCCUAAUACUAUUUCUGAUAAAUCAUCUUGAAACACAUUUUUAGAGUGUACUAUUUUUCUCUUUUACUGUUCUUGACAAACAGAAGAGUCAGAAAGGGGGCAUUUACAUCUUCUAGAAUAGAGAAAGGUAGACAAUCCUUCAUUUAAAACUAAAAUCAGUGGCAUUGCAGAAGCAGCACCCCCUCCCCAGAGCAGAAUGAUCCUGUAUGUAAUGGCAGAGCAGCAGCUUCGGCUCACACAGCACCUUCAGCCCAGCACCGCUCAGACCCUCACGCACUGUGGUGCACUCUGCAGUUCUGUACGAGCUGGGGCACUGUGAACCUCUUCGAGAAAUGCCAGUGCUCCACGCCCUGAGGCAGUGCAAGCCCUAGAAUUCACUGUAACCAAACCUCUACGUCUCUCCCAAGCCAGUUUAUGAAUAUGUCAGUAUGCAGUUUAUAAAAGCAGAGCCUUACUGAUCAAAGUUUAAAUAAAGCAUGGGAAAAAAUGUGGAAGUGUCUAGAUUGCCUAAAUUUUUAUGAUAUACAGGACUGGCUUUUGUGAACUUCUGAUUGUAUCUCAAUUUAGUACCAUUUGGUCUUAUUAGGAAACGGUACGUUCAGUGAGUAAAAAAUAGCUUCAGAAAUUUUGUAUCUGCAAAAGUCUGCAAGCAAAAGAAUAUGUGCAUCAUAUGGAUAUCCAUUACAUUGUGAUCCACUUGUUUUUAAAUGGAAUGGGAAUGAAACUAAUUUAUUAAACAACCUUGCUUUUGUUUAGAAAAGGAGGCAUAGGAAUCCACUUUUCUCUGCACUGGUAAUUCUGCACUGCCUUAUUUUGAUUUCAAAAUCUAUUUCAGCAUUUUUGUUCUUCUAAUACUGAGAUUUCAUUUAUUAUACAUCAAGUAGUUGAAAUGUAGGCCUGUCUUGUUUGUCAAAAUACAGAUCAGCAUCUUAGUUUUUAUCUGUGUCAAAUCUAGGUGGUUAACAGUGUGCAUGUAAACACAGUGUAAAUUUUCUCUCUGUAACAGUGAUUCUUCUGGUUAGAAGCUCUUUAAAACAUCAUGUACAGUACUCCAGUAGAAGAACUGCCAAUGUAAAAUAUGCUUUUCAAAAAAAGAGCUAACUUAAUUGUUUUUAUAUGAAAUCUGGGCAAAGUGAUUCCUCGUAUUUAUGCUAAAUUAGCAAAAUAUUUUUACUCCGUGUAGUAGCUGGAAAGAUUUUUUAUUUACUUGUUUCCACAAGAAGUCCUACAUGUUUUAUAUGAACUGCAUUGAAAAGUCUAGUUCUCUAGGGUCUGGAUUCCAAACUUGCAACGUAUUCCAUCUCCUGGGAGAGCGCGCUCCUGCUGGUUAUCUGGCUCGGCACUCACAGCCUCUGUUCCUCCAUCACAGACCGCUCUGGGCUCUUUCUCAGAGGCUGAGCAGCCAGGUAAGUGCCUGUGUUCUCCAAUGCCGUACAGCAAAUACCCGUGAGUUUUACAGACAAAUGUGCUAGUCCUUAAAGUUCUGCGCUUAAGAAUAAAUUAUUCUGUUCAAGAUAUUCUAAGGGCAAAUAUAACAAGUCUCUGUAUAUAUAGGGGUCUUGCUUUAACAGCAGGCUUAAAUUAGGCCCUCCCUUAACACCAGCAGCAAAAGCACAAAUCUCUUCUGCUUGGGCUGGGACACUGGAUGAGGAUCAGUAGCGGCUCUUUAACUUCAGAGUGUGUUGGAGAACCACACACUUUACUGGGGUAUUUCUCUCAGGGGAAAGUUAAAUUAGAUCUUUUGCUUUGUGAUUCGUGCCCUUACUGAGCAAUAAGAAAUUAUUUUCUUGGCCCCUGUGCUUUCACAUGAAAAAUAUCUUUAAUAAUAUCAGCAAGCACAGUAAGUGAUCAACUUUAUAAAAUACUUCUCAGCUAGCUUUAAGGUGAUGGUUAUUUACUAUUUCCAUUGGCACAGAUUUCUGAUCUAGAGUAGGAUGUAGAAAUCAGGUGAGAGUCAAGUUUCCCAUCACUUGUUUAAUCUUUGAUUUAUUUUUUAGAACAAAAAAGCAUACUCUUCAUUUAAGGAAAAGCAGGCUUAAGUCAUGGGAUGGCAAAUAUUUUUGUGUUAUUUUCUGGGCUAGUAUAGACAUGUAUUAACAUGCUGUGUCUCAUUUCCCAGCUGGUUAAAAUUCAUGUUGAUAACCAGUCCUUUCAUUUCGGGUAGGCUGUUUCUGUGUGAUAAAAUUAUUAUGUUACUAAAUGAUAUCCAGCAGUAUUUGCUUCUGUACCAACACGGUGUAUUAUUGUGAAAAUAUCUAAAAUUACUGAUUGUCUUUAUCAGCUCCAUUUCCAAGAUAUCUGGCUACUGGUAACCACUCGUAAGAAGCCCGGUAUAUAUUUGUGAUUAUAUUGCAUUGUUCACAAAAAUGAGUCAUAACAAAGGCAUUUCCCUCUCUUGAAACAAACUGGAAUUUUCACAGAGACCAUUACUGGAACAGCACCAAAAAGCAAAUGGCCUUUUGCCUAUAAGGUGAACUUCACCUCUCUUGGAAGAAGGUGCAUUGUUAAAUAUAUAUAAAGCUUUAAUUGAUGUUAGACAUGAAAUUAGAAUUUUGUUGGCACUAUUACAGCAAUUGCAGUUGUUGCUUAAGAGCUAUAACUCAUGCCCAUUGAAACAUCCUUAAAAUUAAAAGCUGGUCAGGAGGAGCUUCUAAUAUUCUUUGUUGAGCUGUAUGCCACUUAGAUCAGAAAAUUCUAGAUUUGUAAAGUUUUACAGUCUUUCAUUUGCAUAAGUUCCUGCUAGUGAAUCAUAGUUGGAGUUGACAUCUGUUUAUUUUAAGGCCAUUGGUCCCACUCCAUAGUAACCAUCCCUUGCUAUAGAUAAGGCUCGGCUGCUGCCCUGCUCUGUUACCAGUGGGAUCCUGCCUUUGGUCCAAGGGCUGCAGGGCUCCUGCGUGGUGUCAGUGGUGCUGUUACUGCAUUGCUGACUGAUCCCAGGCCAGAUCUGGUUUCUGACCUGAUCUGGCUGUUCAAUUUCAGUAAAUCUGCUAACAAACGGAUCAUGUUGCUUUCCUGCCUCCCAGGCAAUACCUUCACAAACACAGCUGCUUUGUUAAAGAUUGUACACAUAUAUUUGUAUGCAAAACUGAGCAUGUAUAAAAGGUUUUAUUAGUUCAGGUGUUCCUGACAGAAAUGUGCUACACUGGAUAGAGAGUACUGGGCUCAGACAGAGGAGACUCUGCCUUUGUCCUGUUGUGUCAUCAUGUGCUCUGUGCUCUGCUUAAUAAUGUACUUGGAGAUACUGUGAUAAAAUAUUAUUCUGUAGUAUAGAACAGGUAAAACACCAUUUUAUUUCAUGUUUUGGCAUCAUAACUGAAUUUUUGUACUGCAGACAAUACCAUUUUCCAAAUUAAGCUCAGCCCAGCUCAGAAGUGACCAGAAGUUUUUCACGAACAUGAAAAACAGCUGAAAUGAGCUCUCCUUUCCCUAGACUGGAUUAAUGAGCAGAAGUUAACAAGUAAAUUUCACAGUGAAAAAUUAGACUAAAAAUUGUGUUGAAUAUACAACAUCUGCCUGUCUAGUGCUUAACAUUUGAGCAGCAGGACUGUAGUUUUCCUGCAACACCAUACUUGGCAGCAACAAGCAGUCUUGCUCCUCUGCAUGUUGUUUUCUUUUGCCAGCUGAAUUCUCUCAGUUGAAACUCCGUGUCUAGGCUGCUCCUGUAGCAAUGCAGAUGUUCCCACUCAAACAUAAAGCAAGACAGACCCACGGCACCCUUUUAAAAGGCAUUUGUUAAAUAAGGGCACUGUUACAGCUCGUGAGUUUUAUAAGCCAAUGUUCAUUGUGGCAGUUGUUUUAAGUCCUGAAACAGUCAGGAACAGAACAGGAUGCUAUGGAAAAUCCUAAAGCAUUUGGGGAUGUUUCGCUUUCCUGCUGAGACUAAAGAGUAAUUCUGUCAUCUGCUUUAUUACGGUUGCAGGACAGUUGAUGUAAAAUACCUUGAAAAUCUAGAAUUAACUCAGAGAAUAUAUUCUAUAGAAUUUAUUUCUAAAAUACUAAAUGUGAUUACUAUUUUUUUAAAAUGGUAGAAAGCUGUUAUUUUCAAAACAGAGUCUAGUUCACUUACGUGUUCCUUGGUAUGAGAAAUCUCAUCAUUUGCCUUUUCAGUGGUUCAAAGUUUUUUUAAUAUUCCUAAUUUUGCUAUUCUCUGUAAUCAUUGUCCAUGUGCAAAUUAUUGUCCAUUUUCUCCAAGAAGUGUCAAAUCCAAAGUACAAAUACUGUGAAGUGAUGAAGUGCAAUGUAGUUUUAAAGAUGUCUGAGUGAACACAUGCUUGAGUUCUUCACAAGUUUUUCCUGUUCACUGUCUCUUCCCUCCCCUAAAUCCAAGGCAGCUUUUAAUUUUAUGGCUAACAAGAGUAUAGUUUCCACUUAAGGAGGAAAGUUGUAACAUCUUUGAGGACUUUUCUGCUACCCUAAUAGCUGAUUUUACUUUAUAUGAACAUCCACUUUAUGAAGCACUUGUUUUGCAGCCUUAGUAAUUUCUUUUUAGUUCCUUCCUCCCUUUUGGUGUUUGAGAGGUCUGUUGUACAGUAAGACUUUUCAUAAAAAUCAAGCCAAAGGGCAACUCUGCUGCCCUUUGUGCUGAGAACGAGAUCUUGAAAAGCCAGGUUGGGUGGGGUUUUGAACAGUGUGAUCCAGUGGCUGGCACUAGAUGUCUUUCAGAUCCCUUCCUAACCAGGGCAUUCCUUGAUUCCAGAGUUAAAAUAUAAACUGCUCUACUGCUGUCUUUAGGGUUGGCACACACCCACCCCUCAGACAGUCCCACUGACUGGAGAACCAUAUUCUUGGUGCUCUGUGUUGCACCUUCCCAACUGAGAUCACAGUCCUUCAUCCAAGGCUUGGGGUGGAACAAAAAAAAAAGUCAAAAGGUAGAUUUUGUACUUUAUUAACACAAUUUUUUUAAUAUGGAGCUUAGCAAUGACACUUCUCUUUCAUGAAUGAAUGUCCAAUAGACCCAAGUAAAAAAAAAGUUUGUCUCUCAUGUACGUUCUUCUCUAAGUUCACUUUUCCAACACACCAUGAAGAUGGGAUUGGCUUUUCUUGAUAGGGAAAAUGGUGGAAGAUACAAAUGUUUAUCAGUGUUCUAAUAAAAGGAUCAAGAUAAUCCUUUGUCUUCAAACACUUGAGUGAGUGCAGGGAGGAUAGAAAGAACAAUUUAGAG